AUGGCUAUCAUGGAAACCGCCAACGGAGACUCGGAUGUCCUGCGCAUAUGGUCCUUGCUCACAGAAGUCUCCGAGCAACUCUCUCAGAACCGCAACCUCUCUAUCUCGCUGAAUUCCGUGGCCGGUGGUAUCAAGAACCAAGCAAUGCAUUCUCAGACUGGUUUCGUGCUAAGGAGGUUUAACCUGGACAAGUCAAAAGAGGCAUACGAAGCUGAGCUUGAACGCAUGAACACCUCAAUGUCACAAGAGAACCAGACAUUGCAGAACGAUAACAGGCAACUCAAUACGCUUAUUCGCGAAUACGAGCAGACAUUGGAGAGCGUCAUGAGCACCUUCCGUACCCGCGCCCACGAGGUACAACAGCAUGAACUUGCACGCAUGCGUUCGUACGAGCGCGCCAUCGUCCAGCGUGAGACGGAGGCGUUGGCUGCGGCACUCUCCGCAAGUAAUGUGCGCUCUGCGAGCCUCGCCCGUGUUGGACGCUUACUUCGAGCGAUUAUGCGCAAAUUGAACGGAGAGGAUGUGCAGGUAUGUGAGGCGCUCGCACUCGCGGAGGGUUCAGAAAUUGGACAUCACUUCGCAUCGUCGUCCUCAUCCACAUCCAUGGCACGGGGUAAUGUAGACGAGGAGAAGGAUGGGGAAGACGUCAAUGGGAGAGAAGAGUGCAAUGCCGAGGACGAGGGCGAGGGUUUGGAGACUAAGAGAUACGCGAAAGACGAGUGUGCAGAGCUUGAAGCAGAGUUGGUGGAGGACGAAGACCCAGAGCACAGGCUUGCAGCCGCCGAGUGGGCGCUUGAGCGGGAUAGCGAACUGGCGCGACUCGAGCGGGAGAACGAGGAGUUGCGCAGGCUCCUGAAUGGUGUUCUGAACGCGGACUCUGCUGCUACCAUGCCGCGCCCUCCACCCGUGUCUCACCCCGUCACGAACGGGGAAAAGGCUCGCGAGACUAGCCCGGAAGGGUCGGAAGGAUCAUCGAGGUCGUCAAGUCCGACACUCGUGGAUGCUCCGAGCUCCAGAACCCUGAGGUUACUGGGUGGGCCGCCAGGGACAGUGGGUCCCUUUGGGACGUACAAGAAGCAUGCCUCAGGUUGA